AUGGUCUCUCUGGGUCCGCCGGCAGGGUGGACGCCGAGCGCGCCCGCGGCGACGCCGGGCGACCCGGGUCACCCGGCGCCGCCGGCGCCGGCAACCACGGCGCCGACGCCGGCCGCCGCGGCGCCGGCGCCGGCCGCCGCGGCGCCGGCGCCGGCGACCGAGUGGCGCAGCGAGGGGAGCGUCCUGCUCGGCCUCGACCUCGUGCGGAGCGUCUUCGACGCGACCGGCGCGCCGACCGCCCAAGUCAAGGCCAAGGUGAUCGGCUGGCUACCGGCGUCGGUCUCCGACUACGUCGACGGCGCGGGCCGGCCGGCGGCGCUGUACCGCAUCUGCUACCUGGACGGCACCGUUCGCGGCGACGUCGAGGACCUAGGCCUCGACGCGAAGGCCGUGACGCCGCCCCAUUACGUGGCACCGCGUUCGCCGCCGCGGGUCAUGCUACCAAUUGUCGAUAGCGAGGACAGCGACGACUCGGAGGAGGACGACGACGACGACGAGGAGGACCGCACCUGGGCACCGCCCACGCCAGUUCCGAUGCGGGAGGUCGACCUCCGCGCCGCGACCUUCGCCGGAAGCUACCAAGAUGCCGACGAUGCUGAUGUGGCGCCGUUGCCCAAGCGCCAGAAAAUUGCCGCCCCGAGGGUCGGCGACCGCGUCAACCUGACGCUCGACCCGCUCGAGGGCGUCGUGACGAAGACGGGGUCCGGGUGGUACACGGUCAAGUUCGAGUUCGGAGGCGUCGAUAAUUUCCGGGCGGACGAGCUGAUGGUGCUCUAG